AUGCAGCCUCAACAUAGAAUGGGUGUACCUCCAGGGGCUCCCGUGAAUAGAUAUGCUCCGCAAGGAAAUAUGACUCCUAAUAUGAGAAGACCUCCUGGUCAGCAAGUUGUACAGCAACCUCCAGGCGGUAUGCCAAAUAGACCUCAUCCUCCACCGCGUAAGAAGCGAAGAUAUGCUGACAAACUUAUCACACCACAGGUCAGAGAGUUAGUUCCUGAAUCUCAAGCAUACAUGGAUCUCUUAUCUUUUGAGCAAAAGCUAGACUCCACAAUUACUAGAAAGAAGCUGGAUAUUCAAGAAGCUUUAAAGCGACCUCAAAAAGUCAAAAGACGUCUGAGAAUUUACAUUUCUCAUACUUUUAUUCCUGCAAAAGAGCCAGAAAAGGAAGGUGAAGAAGGUACUGUGCCUAUGUGGGAACUCCGUGUUGAAGGUCGACUUCUGGACGAACAACAAGGAGGAGAGAAUGGAACAACUACAACAACCCCUGCUCAACCUCCUCGACAAAUGGCUAAACGGAAGUUCAGUUCAUUCUUCAAGAGCUUGGUUAUCGAAUUGGAUAAAGAUAUUUACGGGCCUGAUAAUCAUUUGGUGGAGUGGCAUAGAACUCCUCAAACUCAUGAAACUGAUGGUUUCCAGGUUAAACGUCCUGGAGACAAACCGGUGAAAUGCACAAUCUUACUUCUUCUUGACUACCAGCCGAUGAAGUUCAAGCUUCAUCCUCUUCUCGCUAAAGUUCUCGGAAUUGCUACCGAAACUAGACCUAAAAUUAUUGAAUCUCUCUGGCAGUACAUAAAAACCCAUAAGCUACAGGAUCCUAUUGACCGAGACACGAUUGUUAAUGACCAUUUCCUCGAGCAAAUAUUUGGCUGCAAGCGAAUGAGAUUCAUGGAAAUUCCACAGCGCUUACACCCUCUGCUUCAACAACCUGACCCCUUGGUCUUGACACACGUUAUCCAGCAGACAGAUAAUGGUGGAGAGAAGAAUACUGCUUGUUAUGAUAUCGAUGUUGAGGUUGAAGACCCACUCAAACAAUUAAUGACUUCUUUCGUUCAUUCUCCUGGACUUGCUAAUGAUAUUGGUGUUUUGGAACAAAAAAUAUAUGAUCUAGUAGAUCAAAUUAAUGAAUGGAAAACUAGACGCGAUUUCUAUGUUCGCUUCGCAGAUGAGCCUCAUGAGUUCAUCAGAAAGUGGCUCGUCAGCCAGAGUCUUGAUUAUCAGACUAUGACAGAAGCACAUGGUGAGUCUGAGAGCGAACGCAGAGCGGAGCAUUACCACAGACCUGAGACUCAAGAAGGUGUAUUCAGGUAUAUGUAUCAUAAAAUACAACAGAAACGAGCAGAGCUUGAAGCAAGUCUUGGUGUUCGUAAUAACUGA